AUGAGUCCUCGAAACGAAAGCGUGCUGUCUUGCUCUCAAUCUACAGAGCGCUCUCUUCUUUGUCAUGUGAUGGAAUGGUUCUGGCAAACAAGCCUUUUGAUCGUGCGAUAUGUGUUUCAUGCCCUCUAUGUUAUUACAGAGUGGUAUGAUUCAAACGUUUCUUCAUCGGAGUCCAAUUUGUUUAUUCCUUCCACGAGCAGAAAAUUUUCAAAACCUUCGACGGUCUCGCCGAGAAGAGUUUGUAUCAUCGGAGCUGGAGUUUCUGGAUUAAUUCAGUUGAAAACUUUGUUGACUGAUUUUUCAAACAUACCAUUUGAAGUCAUGUGUUUUGAGAAAGGUGACCACAUUGGUGGUUUAUGGAAAUUUGAUGCCAACAAAAAAGAUGAACAAUUUUCAGAAUUUAUUCACAUGGAUCGUGCUUCAGGUUUGAAAAUGUUAUCACAUGAUUGGGAAAAUAUUUCUCCCAUGUACUCAUCGUUGCAUACGAAUACGAGUAGAGACUUGAUGUCUUUUUCUGAUUUUCCAAUGAACGAAAACUUACCUGAUUUUCCAUCCGUUGAACAAGUCUAUCAGUAUUUGAGAGAUUACACUCAAAAAUUUAAUCUUGAAAGGUAUAUUCAAUUUAAAACAGAAGUGAUAAAAUUGACACAACAGUCCUCACACAAGAAUACAGUUUCAUCAUGGGUUGUGACAACCAGAAAUGUAGAAAGUGGAGAAAUUACUGAGCGAGAAUUUGAUGCUGUAAUCAUAGGAAAUGGAAGAAACAGCAAACCGAGAAUUCCAUCAUUUUUUCAAGAUCUUUCAUCUACCUACAACUUUGGAAAGCUUCUUCAUUCCAAAUAUUACCAGGACGAUUAUGAAAUAUUUAAAGACAAGACAGUUUUAAUUAUUGGAAGUGGCUCGAGCGGAAGUGAUAUUGCUUCAAGAAUAGCUCUUGUUACCGACAAGACAUUUAUAUCCGUUCAGAAAGGCGCUGCCUUACUACCUAAAUUUCAUGACGGAAAACCAAUAGAUCAUAAUCAAAUCAGAAGAAGAUAUUUUCAAUUUCUUCCGAAAACAUUACAAACUUUUCUUGCCAAUUAUUUCAUCAACAGCAAAUUACCAUCGUCUAAGCAAUUUUAUCCAUUCAAUCACAACACAACUAGAAACCAUACUGUAGGACUAAGCUCUGAAUUAAUUAUUGAAAUUGGAUUUGGUCGAGUGAAGGUGUUGCCACCAGUGACGUCCUUUAGCGAGAUGGACAUUUCAUUCGAGAAUGGCAAAAAGUUAGUUCCUGAUUAUAUUGUUCUUUGUACUGGUUAUGAAUUGGAUUUUCCUUUUCUAGAUAAGGAAGUAUUGAAUAUGGACAAACACUGCUCGAUGACAACCAUGCUAUAUGAACACAUGUUCCAUGCAGAUCAACCCAAUUUAAUAUUCUUGGGAUUACCUUUUACUGUCCAUCCUUUUUUAGUUUGUGAAUUACAAGCUCGAUAUGCUGCGAUGGUUCUCUCAGGUCUCUGCUCAAUACCUUCCAGAAAUGAAAUUAUUCAAGCAAAUCAAAACAAAAUCUCUCAACUUGAAAAAGCAGGAAUUGACCCGAUCAAAUUUUUUCACAGAGAAUUUCAUUUAGAAUAUUGUGAUAAAAUUGCCAAACUUGGAGGAUUUUAUGCCAAUCCCUUCAAAUUCGAUCACUCACGUUAUUUUAUGGAUCUAAUGUUUGGUCCCUUAUACGGCUAUCACUACAGGAUGGAAGGCAUUGGAAAAUUGGAAUUGGAUGAAAUUGAACGGGUAAUGAAAAUGUACCAACAAAGAAACAAGAGUGCUUGA